UAUUCACUCAUUUCUACUCGUGUCUUGAUCGGCUUGAACCAAUCAUCAACUAAACCACAGGAACCAAAAGACCAAACAAAAGAUGGCAAUCUCCCCCGAAGUAGCAGAAAUCAUCCGCCGCAAGAAGGCUCAAUACUGCCGCUUCGCUGACACAUGCGAAUGGCACCGCUUCGACACAAUCAUGCUCCCCACCCUCACCUUCGAAGCCUUUGACCUAGACGGCAGCAUCCUGACCCUCAACGGCGUCCCGUACCGCUGGACCUCGCGCGAGGCGUGGGUCGCGCACUUUAGCGAGGCGUUUAAAGUCAUGCAGACGAUGCACCUGACUGACGCGGGGGACCUGGAGCAGGUUUCCGAGGAUGAGGUCAAGGCUGUGUUUGGGGUCAUUUAUCACGCUGGGACGAGGGGCUCGGAGUCGGGUUUGCAUUCUACGGGGGCGGGGCAUUAUCAUGAGACGUGGAGGCGGGUUGAUGGGGAUUGGUUUAUGGAGAGGUGUUGUAUGAAGAGGUUGUAUUCUAAGGUGAUGCAAAUUUGAUGUUUUCUUAUGUUGAGGUCGGUAUUUAGGGGUUGGAAGAUGAAGUGAUAUCAUUGAGAUUUUAAUAAAGGUCGAGUUGACGUGGUUGAAGUCGUGGUUUUCAUAGUUUGAAAGUAGUUGGCGGU